AUGUCGUCGGAUACUCCUGAGCUCUCGCCUCGGUCCGAUGACGACAGCAUGCUUUCGGAAGAUCCAGGGCUCUCACAUGUUCACGGAUCGUCGUCUCUAAGCUCGUUAAUGGGUGAAAACGAAAUGGAAAAAAGAUGGCUGGCACCGUCCGACAACGGCUCAGAAAGCGACGCAAGAGAAGCCGGCGCCCACGUUUACCUGAGCGCUUCUGAGCUGGAAACACAGCUGGUGACUUUGAAGGAUGUAAAGAGAAAAAAGAAAGCCGUGCUAGGGUCACCGUCCAGUCUGCCUGGGCUGCUGCCGAAGCAGAAAAAGAGGUUGAGACGGAAGCUGAGAAACUCAGAUGUGUUUCUGGAGCGGUCCCAUCGGUCUGAGUUUCCUGGAAGCGGGUAUACGCUGACCCCAGCAGCGGGCAAGAUUUUCAGGAAUUUGUUGAUUCUCGAGGAAAGCCUCCGUCAGCAGGUCAUGCAACAACGGGCGCUCAGACGGAAAUACUUGACGUUCUUGGCCGUUCUCUGCUCGCUUAUAGCCUCGAUAUCCCACCACUUGUACUUCAACGAACACAGCGCUUCCGUCAGGGUUCUGCUUCAACUCCUGCUUUUGGCAUUGUCCGUCACGUUGAUGCUCUACCACUUGUCGGGAGAAUACCAAAAGACGAUUGUUCUCCCGAGGAAGUUUCUUUCUUCCACAAACAAAGGCUUGCGCCAGCUUAAUUUGCGUUUGGUGAAAAUCAAAACGUCCAUGACUGACUCCACCGUGGACCUCAUACGAGAGGCGGGGCUUUUUUUGUGCACCAUGUGCCUACGAAGCUUACACACCGUUUACCCUUCGAUGAUCCAGAACCCCAGUUCCAGGCUUGAGGUGUUCUUGGUCUCAGCACAGCUGCAAUGCCAGCCACGGUUUGGCCUUACCGAUGUCAAAUUGACAUUGAUGCCUCGUUCGUUCAAUACGGAUAUCAGAGAGGGAUGGGAGCUCUACAGGAACGAGUUCUGGAUCAACGAGGGGGUUAGAAGAAGACUGGCCAUGAUGGAGUUUGUCGAAGGGCCCUCGGAAGAGAAAAAACGCCCUAAGAAGGAGAAGGAGCAGCGGCGGAGAUCCAAGAUCCCUCCAGCAGCCAAAGAUCUCCCCAACCCUCUCCAAAGCAGCCCUCCCAAUCUAGAUGGAGUAUUUCCUGCCCACGAACUCUCCAAAGAGAAUUUGGAGGCCUUGGGCAAAAUGGAAGGUAUCAAUUUGGAGCGCUCCUUCUAA